AUGCCGGGCCCCACUCAACUCUCCGAGAGCAGUCUUCGAAAGAUGGAGGUCCUCAAAAAGUCCAACGAGGAACGCAUUGAACAGCAGCGACUCAUUGUGGAAAGAGUGAGGCAGCUUCAGAAAGACCAGCAGGACUACCUGGACGCUCUGCCGGACUUCAUUGCCAGUCGCGUUCGAGUGAAUAUGGAUGAAGUUGUGGCCGAGGCCGUGGAGAAUGUUAGCCGAUUUGUGGAGCAAAUCCAGUCCAACGAAGAAAAGAAGAGGUUGUCACAGAAGCUCCGAGAGCUCAAGCAGGAAGAGGCUAGGGCGUUGGAGCGUCGUCAAGCUGUUGCGUAUGUUUUUUUCCUUUUUUUUGAAGUUUAGGCGAAAAAAUCGAAUGGCUCGAUACUCGUGUAGUGUGAUAGGUCGGUAAAUGGUCCUGUGGUGGAAUUUCCUGCUCGGUCGCUUAAAUAAUAACAUGUUUUACAAUUAGUUGUGGCUUUUAUACUCAUUUUCUGCCUAAUUUUCCCGUAGAAGGACAGUUUUCGAUUGCUUUAUGUUGAAGUAGGUACCUUAACUCAAUUUUUUGAGAAGUCGGCUUAUUUCUGGGCUAAAUUGAUGUUUUCUUGGUAUGAAUAGAUCGCUGGCAUCUGUUAUUUUUAUUUUUCAUAAGAAAUUCUAGAGGUGUGGACUCAAAUUUUUCAGUUUAGAUAAGAAUAUUAUAGUAGACCCAUCGGAUGGAAUAUUUUUGCUUUCGCUGAAAAAAUAAAGCAUAGAUUUGGAAUCUCGCGCCCAUCUAGGGAUGAAAAAACUCCCCUACUAUCUGUUCAUUGUGAAAUUUCUAUAAAAUUGACUUCAUGAUCAUGAAUAAUAUUCGAUUUUCAGAGCCGAACGCCAAAGGGUCGCCGAAUUGAAAGAACAACUUGGGUUAGCGACCCAGGAAUACGUAGAACUGCUGCAGCUAGAUCGAACCAAGGUGCAGGAGCAAAUUCGGCUAUACGAAGCCGUGAAGAAGGCCCAGUCUACUGGUUGUUAA